GCAUGUGCUUCAAUUCAAACAGAACUAUACAGAGCUGAAAAUAUGUCUGGAAUACAGUACAUCUGGGACUGCGUUCUAGGAUACGAGACCUUACUGAGGUCUCCAUUCUUCCCGGUGCUCUUCUCUCUUACAGUGUACUUAAGCUUCUGCCUACCCUUUGUGGUUCUGGACAUCCUAUCUCCCAAAGUAGCACUGAUACGGAGAUACAAGCUUCAGCAGAAAUCCAAUGUGACAUGGACUAUGAUGUGGAACUGCCUCGCACUGUCACUCUACAACCAUGCGAUGUACAUCUUCCCACUAAGCGUCUUACACUGGUACUGGAGACCAGUGAGCUACCUAGCGACUGCACCUGGGAUCUUUGAGGUUGUGAGGGAUCUCUCAGCGUGCCUGCUUCUCUUUGACUUUCAGUACUUUGUUUGGCAUCUGCUUCAUCACAGAGUGCCUUGGCUCUACCGCACUUUCCACAAGGUGCAUCACAAGAACACGGCCACAUUCGCCCUCACCACGGAGUACUCUGGGGCUUGGGAGACAUUGUCAUUGGGAUUCUUCGCUGCUGUAAAUCCAAUGUUACUUGGAGCUCAUCCCAUGACAGAGAUGCUCUUCCAUAUUCUGAACAUGUGGCUGUCAGUGGAGGACCACUGUGGAUAUGACCUGCCUUGGGCCACACACCGACUGGUGCCUUUUGGACUGUAUGGAGGAGCACCACACCAUGAUGUUCACCAUCAGAAGUUCAAGUCCAACUAUGCACCAUACUUCACCCACUGGGACAAACUCUUUGGCACUUUGCAUUCUGAAUGAACUGAACACUUGGAACACGCUAGAUGAACUGACUGCCUCUAUCUUUUUAAAAAAAAGUAUAUUUAUCAUUUUGUCAUUCCAUGAAUGAAUACGCUACUAACUAAGAAACUCUUGAAAAAUGAAGUUUCUUAGCUUUAUACUGAAUGUGUUUUGUUGAAUGUCUGUAUUUAAGUGUGGUUGUAACACAAUGUAAAUUAUUUUAAUUAUUUAAACCUUUACUUUGAUAUUUAUUAUGCUGUUUUUGUACCAAAUGUAUUAUGAAGAAUUGUGAAGAACAAAAAUAACAAAACUAAAUAUUAAAACUGUGAAUUCCACACUUUAAUAUGUUGUGUGUGAGAGAGUUUGAUGUUAAAUGUUCUGAAAAAAUCAUGAGCAAGUGAUUUAGGGAAUUUGAUGACCUAACUAGAGUUGUGGUGACAAGCUUAGUUUUGGAUCAUACAUUCUCAAUAUAUAUUAGAAUUACAUCAGUAAUUUAUAUUAAAGAUUUAAUUUAAUUUAUGCUAAAUAAUGCAAGAACAAACUGAUAUUGAUAUAAAGUAUUUUAUUAAAGGCAGUAUCGUGCAAAGGUUGUGGGUUUGAUACCCAUGUAAACAUAUUGAUUUAAAGUUGUGGAAAAGUCACUAGGGAUAAAAGCAUCUGCCAACUAAAUGUAAUGUAAUCUAAAUGCAUGACAAUGUAUCAGUAAGGUGUAUGAUGCUUACACAUGCUUUUAAACCCUAAAAGUCAACAACACCACAAGCAAAAGACUAUGUUUAGGUGAAAUAAAUGUAUAACAUAUAGAACCCGAAAAGUUUGGUUCCAAAAUGAGAACUCAAUUUUUCAAAAAUCAUGUUUUUUUAUUGUGCAUUCCAAUUAAUAUGAAUCAAACUAAAGUUGGUUUGUUUUGAUUUAAGCCAUAAUAACUAAAAAAAUACAGCUUACUAACAAAAUAAACACAAUAAAACAUUUUGUUAUCUCAUUUGGAACCAAACUCUUAUAGAAUAAAGAUUGCAGAAAAGAAGUAAACAUA